AUGGAAGAUGGAGGCGAUGUUUCAGCCGCUUCGGCCGGAGCAGGGUCCUCAGGCGAUGUUCCAGCUGCUUCAGCCGGAGCAGAUGCCUUUGAAGAUGAAGUUGAUUUGGAAAUCGGUGAAGAACAGAGGAAAGCCAUUGUGAAGAAAGAACCACAUCAACCAUCCCAAGCUGAAGUUGACGAACAUGAAAGCACUGGACAUGUUGUCCAUCGGAGCUGGUGCUUGCACUGCAAAAGGGCACGUGUGACUGCUGAUCGCCAUGUGCCUAAGGAACUUGAUGAGCCAGAAACGCAGUUGCCCACGCUGAGCCUGGACUACUUCUAUAUGAACCAGGACCAGGUUGCGGAUGAGGCGACCCUUCCGAGCAUUGUGGUGAAGUGCCACAAGACCAAGAGAUUUUGGGCGAGCGUUCUCCCGGGAAAAGGGGCGGAUGCGUUCGCAAUCGCGUGGCUUGGGGGAGUUUUGGAUGAUGCUGGUUUUAAUAAGGUAAUCCUUAAGUCUGACGGUGAACCCUCCUUGGUAUCCCUUAAACAGAAGGUUAAGGAGAUAAAGACCCACAUCGAAGUGCACUUGGUGGAAACCCCAGUAGAAGACCAUCAAGCCAAUGGGUUUAUCGAAGUGGGAGUGCGAGAGAUAAAACGACAAUGUCGUGCUCUCCUCAGCGACCUGGAGUUCAAGCUGGAAAGGAAGGUAGAUCCGGGCCAUCCACUUUUGGUUUGGCUCCCGCGGCAUGCUGCCUUUCUCUUGACGAGAUACCGAGUAGGUACUGAUGGAAAGACCGCUUUUGAGCGGACCUAUGGACGAAAAUGGCGGAUUCCGCUUGUGAGGUUCGGUGAAAGCAUCCUGUAUAGGCCGAGGGCCAAUCGUGGGGGCAAGAGAAAUGACCUUGCUCCAAGGGUAUCCAUUGGGAUGUACGUUGGAACUGGAAACAGAAAUUCAGACGUCUUUGUCAUGACGGAACGUGGAAUCAUGAAGGGGAACUCGAUCCAUCGACGCCCACCUGACGAUCAGUUCAAACAUGAUCAGUUUGACUCGCUACGUGGCCUUCCUUGGAGGUUGCAAGAACGAGAACAUGGUGGACUGAGGAUCGCCCUUCCCGAUGUUGCAGCGCCUCGUGAAAGGCCUGCAGUGCAAGAAGUGAUCCCAAGGAACCUCUAUGUCACCAAGAAUGACUUGGAAAAGCAUGGGCACACACCUUUGUGUCCUGGAUGUGAAGCAGCAAUACUUGAGAUGCCAAGCCGAGCUCACAAUGCUGAGUGCAGACAAAGAAUCCAGAUCGAACUUGACAAGACUCCAGAAGGUCAAGAAAGGAUCAAAAGAGCGAGAGAGAGAGUUGCACAAGGCAGGCGCCCAAGAGGCGCGGCUGCACCGCCUGAGGGUGGUGGGGCAGAAGGUGGUGAAGCUGCACCACCAGUUGUCCCAGGAGGGGAAGUUGAACAACCAGUCUUGCAAGACCGUGUUCCUUUGGAUGCGGAAAUGGAUGCAAGUGAGGCUGUUGGUGAACCACUGGUCGACACCGAUUUUCGUGGAGAACUCAGACAGAGAGAACAAGAAAGAGAAGGAAGCCCAAAGAGGCAGAAACAAGAACAAUCCCGAGGAGAGAAAAGGAGUUCACAAGUCGACGUUGAAGAUCUUUACAAUGAAUCUUCAGCUCAGGCUUCAGGGUCAGCCGGACCACCGGCACCGGAUGCUUCAUCUGGUGUUCCGGAAGGUGCUGCCGCUGCACCAACAAGUCCUGAGACAAACCAGGAGAUGCUACAUCUGUGUUCCUUGCUCAAAGAUGUGAUCGCAAAAGGGAAGGUUGCUGAGAUCUUCUCUCCACCGCGUGUGGCUGCACAAGCCCAAGUGGUCGGGCUAGCACCUGGCUUCUCGAUUGACUUGGAGACAAAGCGUGGUGAUGGAACUCACUGGGACUUGAGUAAAGAUGAACACAUUCGUGAUCUGUUUCAACUGCUUGACUAUGAGAAACCAGAGUUCCUCGGCGGCUCACCUCCCUGUGGGCCAUUCUCGAAGCUGCAAAACAUUGUGGAUGCGAAGGGCAAUGUUUCACCUGAAGUUCGAGCGCAGAGACUAAAAGAUGGUCGCAAACAUCUGCGCACGGCAGUUUCAGCGUAUGAGCAUCAAAUGAAUGCUGGAAGGUACUUCUACCAUGAGCACCCUAAAGGGGCCGCUUCGUGGGAAGAGAGAGCUGUGAAGAGACUGAGGGCAGAUGAACGGGUGUAUGAGGAGGAGUUUUGGAAGCAGCUGCCCGACAGCGAUGACACCAUCGUGGAGCCAGUGCUUGACGCACACUCCGGUGCUGUCUUGGAUGUUGACAAGGUCAGAGCCUCGAGCACUCUUCAGAGCACGAUCAGCUUGAGUUCCGGUGAAGCGGAAUACUACUCGAUCGUUCGAGGAGUUUCCAUCGGAAUGCACGGCAUCGACCCCAAUGCGCUGUCCUUCGAGGAUGUUGGGGAGCGGCGCACCCUACUGUGCCUGUCCAUUGAAGAGGCCAUGAAGCUGGACCAAGAUCUCUCGAAGGUGGAUCUGCUACUCGAGAGCCGUGCGGAUCCCACGCGACCCUCGGAGAGUGGCAGCUUUCCGUUGCAGCUGGCGGCGAAGUACGGCAACGUGAAGUUGGCCCGGAAGCUUCUUCAGGCGCGUGCCGAAGUGAACCAACAGGAUGCGAAACGCGUGUCCCCGUUGCACACCGCCGUCCACCAGGACACAGCCCAACUGGUGCAGUUGCUCCUGAUGCAUAAUGCCAAUGCCAACGCGCCAGAUCAGAUCGGGCAAUCGCCUGUCUUCUUUGCUGGGAGUACGACCGUCAUUGCAGCCCUGAUUGAUGCCAAAGCGGAUUUGCAUCAUCUCAAUAAGAAAGGUCAGAGUGCUUUGCACCUGGCUGCUCACAAUGGCCGCUUCGAGGCCGUGGCAUACCUGACGGACCACGAAUUUGUGGAUGAAUCCAUCGACAUGCAGGAUGAACGAGGUCGCAGUCCCCUGCAUCUGGCCGCAGCUCAGGGUCAUCAGCGUGUGGUCUCGCGGCUCAUGGAUGUCGGCGCCAAUCCCAGGUUAAAGAUGCACAACGGCCAAACACCCAUGACGCUGGCGGACAAGAAGGACACCGAGCUGGCAAUGUACAUCUACAACCGGAUGACCGGAGGAAAACACGCCACCUGGGGUGAGGCAAUGCAGAACCCCAUGUUCCUCACCCUGGCAGCGGUGCUGGGAGUGGCGUGCUUCGUGAACCGGUCUGUUCUCUUCGACUUGUUUUGGGAGCUAGUGAUCUUGCGGAUGAAAGGUUGA